GUGUCAACCGUAAUGUCAACACUUCCCUUCAACAUUUAAACCCACCACGAAACCCCCAAUGGAAAUAGCAAACGCCGUGGGGGCAACCCCUGGAGUGAACCGCACCGCCCGCGUCAUGAUGGAGGGCGUGGGGGCGCGCAUAAUCCGCGGCCCCGACUGGAAGUGGGGCAAACAGGACGGGGGCGAGGGCCACGUCGGCACCGUGCGCAACUUCGAGUCCCCUGACGAGGUCGUCGUGGUGUGGGACAACGGCACGGCCGCUAACUACCGCUGCUCCGGCCAGUACGACCUGCGGAUCCUCGACAGCGCCCCCACGGGCGUCAAGCACGAAGGCACCAUGUGCGACACGUGCCGCCAGCAGCCCAUUUUCGGGAUACGCUGGAAAUGCGCCGAAUGCGGCAACUACGACCUGUGCUCGGUGUGCUACCACGGAGACAAGCACCAGCUGCGGCACCGCUUUUACCGGAUAACGACUCCGGGGAGCGAGCGCGCGUUCCUAGAGACGAGGCGCAAGAGUAAGAAGAUCGCCAUACGCGGGAUCUUCCCGGGGGCGCGGGUCGUGCGAGGGGUGGAUUGGCAGUGGGAGGACCAGGAUGGGGGCAACGGGCGCAGAGGAAAAGUGCAAGAAAUCCAGGACUGGUCGGCGGCGAGCCCUCGAUCGGCGGCGUACGUGGUCUGGGAUAACGGCUCGAAGAAUUUGUACAGAGUGGGGUUCGAAGGGAUGGCGGAUCUGAAGGUGGUGAAUGACGCAAAAGGCCAGAACGUGUACAGGGAUCACCUGCCGUGCCUGGGGGAACAAGGACCGGGUCGAUCAGGGCCCCCAGGCUUGAAAAUCGGCGAUCAAGUUAAUGUAGAUUUAGAAUUGGAGAUUGUGCAGUCGUUGCAACACGGUCAUGGGGGCUGGACUGACGGCAUGUUCGAAUGUUUAAACGGAGUCGGCACCGUCGUGGGGAUCGACGAAGACCACGACAUCGUCGUCGCUUAUAGCAGCGGCAAUCGAUGGACUUUUAACCCAGCUGUCCUGACUAAAGUUGCCACUCCUACGAAUUCAGUUGGGUUUAACGAGACCCCGCAGCAACAAUUCGCUGUCGGCGACAUGGUGCAGAUCUGCUCAGACAUGGAACGCGUCAAAAUGCUCCAAAGGGGCCACGGAGACUGGGCUGACGGCAUGGCCGCUACUCUCGGAAAAAUCGGCCACGUCCAGCAAAUCUACAACGACAACGACCUCAAAGUCGAAGUGUGCAACACCACCUGGACCUACAACCCCCUCGCCGUCACCAAAGUCGCCAGUAAAGACGGCACCAUGCACGGCACCACCAGCGGCGAGCGGUUGAGCGCCCUCUUGAAGAAGCUCUUUGAAACCCACGUUUCGGGCGACGUCAACGAGGAGCUGGUGAAAUUCGCCGCCAACGGAGACGCGCAAAAAUGCGAGGAGGUCCUGAAGCAGAGUAACGCCUCGGGGGCGGGCAUCGGCCCGGACGUCAACGGGGUCUUCGCGGGGCACACGGCGCUGCAGGCCGCCAGCCAGAACGGCCACCUGGAGGUCAUCACGGUGCUGUUGCGUUUUCACGCCGAUGUGGAGAUCGAAGACAAGGAUGGCGACCGUGCUGUCCACCAUGCGGCCUUCGGGGACGAGCCGGCGGUGGUGCAGCUGCUGGCGCACGCGGGGGCCGACCUGAACGCGAGGAAUAAGCGCCGGCAGACGGCUUUGCAUAUCGGGGUGAAUAAGGGGCACCUGGGGGUGGUGAAGAUGCUGCUGGAUUUGGGCUGCCAUCCGAGUUUACAGGAUUUGGAAGGUGACACGCCCCUCCAUGACGCAAUUUCGAAGAAAAGGGACGAUAUGCUGACGUUGUUGCUGGAUCAUAACGCCGAUAUCACCUUGACCAACAAUAACGGAUUCAAUGCCCUCCACCAUGCCGCUCUCCGUGGAAAUCCAAGCGCCAUGAAAAUCCUCCUGGCCAAACUCCCCCGACCCUGGAUCGUCGACGAAAAAAAAGACGACGGCUACACGGCCCUGCACCUCGCCGCCCUCAACAACCACGUCGAAGUGGCCGAGCAGCUCGUCCUCCACGGCAAAGCCAACAUGGACCUCCAGAACGUGAACCUCCAAACGGCCCUCCAUCUCGCCGUCGAGCGCCAACACACCCAAAUUGUGCGCCUUCUCGUCCGAGAAGGCGCCAAUUUGAACAUAGCGGAUAAAGACGGCGACACUCCCCUUCACGAAGCCCUCCGCCAUCACACUUUGUCGCAGUUGCGCCAACUCCACGACGUCCAAGACGUCGGCAAGCUCCUGAUGGGGUUGGGCACGCAGGGGUGCGACAAGAAGUCGUCGGCGAGCAUCGCAUGCUUCUUGGCCGGGAACGGGGCGGAUUUGGAUUUGAAGAACAAGAAAGGACAGACGCCUUUGGAUUUGUGUCCGGAUCCGAAUUUGUGCAAGACGUUGAAGAAGUGCCACAAGGAUAAGCAGAGCGGCGAGAUGGAUAUGGGGCCGAAUCAGAAUAAUCAAAACACUAAUAUCACGUCGACGCUUGACGAGUGUCUGGUGUGCUCGGACGCCAAAAGGGACAUGCUUUUCCAGCCUUGCGGACACGUUACUUGCUGUUCGUUGUGCGGGCCGAGGGUCAAGAAGUGCCUAAUUUGUAGAGAAUCAGUCGCCACUAGGAUCAAGAUUGAGGAGUGUUUAGUUUGUUCUGAUAAGAAAUCUACAGUGUUGUUCAAGCCGUGUGGUCAUAUGUGUGCCUGCGAGAGUUGUUCUCAGAUCAUGAAGAAAUGUGUGAUGUGUCGGUCUCAAAUUGAGCUGAUGGUACCAUUGGCGGUCUGUAGUGGUGGAUUAGGUACCAUUUCCGAGGUCAAAGCCGACGUUGAAGAAGAACCGAAGCCUUCCACGAGCGAUUCGGGCCAAAAUCAAGGACCCUUGAUGAACAACGGAGGAAGAGAUACUAGUAAUAAUAGCGACAUACAGAAAUUACAGCAACAAUUGCAAGACAUCAAAGAACAAACGAUGUGCCCCGUCUGUUUGGACCGUUUGAAAAACAUGAUUUUCCUCUGCGGUCACGGCUUAUGUCAGAUGUGCGGCGAUCAAAUGACCGAGUGUCCCAUCUGCAGGAAAGCCGUCGAGAAACGAAUUUUGUUGUAUUAAUACCGCAGGGAGUUUUAUAAUUUUGCUAAGGAAAACGACGACUCUAAAAAAUCGAAUCUCCAUAGCGCAAAAUCGUACUUUCGGCUAUUGUGGACAAUGUCGAUAUGAUCAUUUUUUACUCGUAUUAUUUCCCAAAUGUCGACAACCAGUGAAACCACAAUUUUAUUACAAACGCUACAAAAAAUGUAAGCUGCAUUGUACACCAUUUAUCAUGCUUCGAAAAAAUGUGAAAAUACUCUGCUGUCAAAGAUCAUCCUUCCAUUUACACAUACGUGGUAUGUUUUAUAUUUAUUAUUUUUAAGUUAGUUGUUAGUUGUUGCAUUAAUUAAUGUUGUUUUUCUUCGUUAGUUAAUCAUAACAUUAGAGUUGUACGUCAAUUACUUUCUUUAU